AUGAAAGCAGACACUAUCUUCGACCUCCCAGAACUCCUAGACGCCCUCGGGUCCCACCUCCCCCAAGGAACCCUCUACCGCUGCAUCCAAGUCUCCAAAACUUGGCACGCCACCUUCAUACCCCAUCUUUGGAGAACCUUCACCGAAUACCCCGCACAACACUCAACCUGGUCCCGCGAUCUGGCAUCCGCCAUCCAGAUCCAAAACAACUACCCCCAGAGCCUUGACUGGUACAAGGACGUCUACCGCCGGCAUGCGAAAUAUAUCCGUCACCUCACCAUCAACACGCCGACUAUAUUGGAUGCCUGUCUCGUGGGCGCCUUUGAACAGUUGCGAUCGGAGUUAUGCUCGGAGAACGACUCUACUGGAUCCUCAGGAACAAAGACAACAGAGCCUGCUUCUGCUGCUGCUGCCCCUACCGAUGCCGGAGGAUCGCACAUGACCAACCUGGAGUCUCUUGACCUCAACUUGUUCAAGCCUACUAUCGAUUUUUAUUUUCCGAUUCGACUAGCAGAGGUUCCUAUUGCCCACAGUAGCGCCUUCGGCUCCACCAGCAGUUUCGGCCCCACCAUCUUUGGCACCAGUCUCGUCGGUGUCAACACCAACAACAUUACCGGCGACAACAACAGCAACGGCACUGGUAAUGCUACGACGAAUUCCACAACAGUAACAACCGCAACAGCAGCGCCACCGCCACCACCCGAUACCGAGAAAGCCUUUGUCAAAGCCUGUCAACGACUUGUCCUCAACAACCCUGGAUUGCGCACCUUGUCCUGCUCAUACUUUCAGUUGAUCCUCCAAGGCUUGGAAGGUGAUAGUAGCGCCGCCCUAAGGUCACUCAAGAACCUCUCGUGCGUCACCACGGAUGGUAUGAUCCCAGAGGGUUUGCCACCUAGCGUGACCCAUCUCAGGCUAAACUGCAGUUUCGGCUCUCUAAUGAAUUUGCACUCCCCCGCUUCGGGAGGUCCGGGGACGACAGCGUUGGUUCAUGAAGGGUUGGAGUCGUUGGAGGUGGCCCGUAUCAAGUCUGGGACCCUCAAGGGACUCUUGGCUCAGGCGCCCUCCCUCAAGACCCUGUCCAUCAACGGGUUCGUCUCCAAUUUUGGGUUUGGAAACUACUUUGCCACAGCCGCUCCGACACCUGUGGAAAUCUCCUGGCCAGCAUCCCAGAUCACGGUCCUGAAGUGUCAGCAGUCUCGAGGCACCUUCAGCGUUGCAUCCGGGUUUGACAACUUCCUUGGCUGUUUCCCGUUACUUGUCGAGUACUAUGAUGACAUUUGGUCCCCCGCCGCCGGAGCCCAAUUGGCCAAGCACUGCCCACUCAUGGAGGUCAUUCGUGUCAAUCAAGACGCCUCUGCAUUUCCUUCGUUCGGAACCGUCCCCAAGCCUAGGCCUCGCACAAAGGGAUGGCCUGUGAACGACAGUGUGUCGAUUUUGUUGACGGGGCUAUCGAGGCUUCGCGUGCUGGAUAUCCCUUAUGAGUCAAUCAAGGCGGAGACUGUUCUGGAGACACCCUGGGUCUGCUUGGAGUUAGAGGAGUUCCGGUGCCAGAUUGCUGAGGUGCCAUUUCUGACCGACGAGGAAGAACAGCAGGUCCAAGAGAUCCGUCAGCGAGAGGCAGGAGCGAUAGGUUCUGAUCAAGAGUACAUCAGGACAGAUGAGGAGGACGAGGUCAUGGAGCUUAGCGAGAAAUGCGUCUCCACAAGGAAAAGCAUCUUGACUCAACUCUCCAAGCUGACCUCACUCAAAUUCUUGUCACUUAGUCCAGACUUCAAAGCUGGGAACGAUAUCUUUGAUAACCGGGCGAACGCCAGGCUUGUCUACAAAUCUGAGCAAGAUGGACGGAGUUACAUCCGAUACGACGAUGUCAUGUCGGAUACCCUCUACUUUCGUCUCAACCAUGGACUUGACCAGCUCGCCUCUUUGACAAAGCUCGAGUACCUGAGCUUUGAAUCCAUGGACCACCGGAUGGAGACUGCCGAUAUCGAGUGGUUCGCGAAUCAUCUCCCAAGGCUGAAAGAGAUGCGCGGGUUGGUGACGGAGAACCAUGUUGGGAUGGAACCCGAUCCCAAGAAUGAUGUUCUUGUUGCACUGAUCCGGAGACUUCGCCCAGAUGUUGUUCAGAAGCAGACCUUUGGUGGCUACUUUCCCUAUCUGUCAAACCCGAAUAGUAAUGGCCUGAAUCGAGCCACUCGCACGCGUCGUAAUAGGAAGUAG